AUGAAACAUCACCUGGCUUUCAUAAACAUCCACGUCCAGCAAAACGGCAAAGAACAGCAGAGGGUUCUCGACAUCAAUAUCGAGACGAGUUUCCCCCUAGUCAAAGAGGACCACCUCAUCGUUCAUUCUCUCACGGGUCGCAUUCAUACAACUACUAUGACUAUCCAGGACCUGCCUCCCCUGAACAAGAGGAGUGGCACCACAGACCGCCGUAUGGAUACCCACCAUAUGAACCCCACGGUCCUCCACCGAUGGCUGGAUAUGAUUAUGAUUCCCAUGGCCCUAUGCCACCCUACCACUAUAAUGAUGCUCCUCCCCCAGGUUAUCAUUCCCGCCGCCCUCCUCGACGUCGAGAGAGCGAUUAUCCUGAAUACCCCAUGGAAGGACCACCACCUUCAUGGGAUGCACCACCACGUGGCAGCCAUUCAUGGCGAGGGAAGGGUCGUAAAGGCAGAGAUGGACAUACGUUCUCACGUAGGCCAGACAGUCACGUGGAGGGAUUUUACGACUUGGACACCACUGACAGUGCACAGAAUUGUAUGUUUUAUUCCCCUCCUUUUCAUCCAUCACACCUAUCUAAUUACACUUUUACAAUUUGCAGCCUGGAGAUCGCCCCACGCAGUUGGCCGGCCACUUCCAUCAGUGUUCAGUGAUCUUGAUGAUAUCUGCAAACUGCCUCCACAUACUUCUUUGCCCCCAGGAAUGUCUGUUUCAAAAUACUUCCUGAAUAAGGGAGCUGAUGAAUUUAACGAAAAUAUCCGAAACACAGAGGACUGGCCCUUUAUGAUGGGAGAUCCUAUCUUCUCCGAGUUCCCCUCAGACGGAGAGACAGUUCCUGUCAAAGACCUUAUCCACCGCCAGAAAGAUAUGAUGGCGGCCCAUAAAUAUAUUCCUCCCAAGCCUGUCGUCGAAGAAACAACUUAUGAUAGCGAGCAGGCUGAUGAACCGGAGAUACCAGAUGAUGCAAGUUAUGCCGGUUCCGAAGAACAAGGACAGGCCAAUGGAACCCAAUCACCAGAAGAAAAUGGUAGCUAUACCGGCUCCGAACAAGGUCGGGGCCAUGACCGUGAAUAUAAACGUCAUCAUAGCCAGGCAUGGAACACGGAGGACAAUACCAACACCCCAAUGUCCACUACGCCUGGAAACAACGAUAGUGAUGAACGUCCACAGACUCCACAAAGAUACUCCAAACCCCAAAGUUUCCAUGGGUCAUACCACAGAAAGCGCGCAAGAGAAGAGUCCUUGGAACUACCUGACGACGAAAUUCAGCGUCAAGUAGAUGAUGUUGCUCCAAGACUCGAGCGUCGUCAUCCACGUGUCGCGGAAGCUUAUAGUCGGCGCUGGUAA